UAUUUUUAGUGAUAAGAUAAAGUUCGUCCUAUCCGGGUGGUCCCACAAGGGAUUUUCUACAAAAUCAUCGCAGUCGGUGCCCGAGAAGAACUUUCGACGUGUAUUGCGAGACUUCAAGCAGGCCAAUUUUGAUCAAUUAGCUGAAUAAGAGUUGAGGAGGAAGUGCAAUAAAGUGGGGAUAGCUCAUUGCUCGACAGCAGUCUCGAGUUUUAUCAGUGUUUUGGUUGUCCAGUCUCUUCGCUUAUUGUCGCGUGGUGGCCGCGUUUUACUCCCGCUGUGAUUUUAAGUACACGUGCUUUGUGUUCAUACUGUUCUUCAAAUAUUGUGCUCGGAUAUCGGAGUUUGGCUCCUCGUAAUCAAAUAGUGAUUGGAACUUUCUCUGCGAACAAGGCCCAGUAGACUGAUUCAGGAUUUAAAGUUCACAAGACGCGUCUGCUCGGAGUGCGAUGCGGGAGGAAUGUCAGAGCUGUUGACCUCUCGUCCACCCCGGUCGGGAGACCGAGUCUGAGGAUCGCGCCGACGGGACCUGAAGGGUCCUCACGAAGGAAGGUCACUCAACACCGCCCACCGCGUCCUUAAGUCGACACCAUGUCCAAAAUCGUUGACGAAGUCUACGGUGAGCGCUCCACCCGUCUUGGUCUUCUGCAUGGCAAGAAACUCGAUUUCGAGCCAAAUUUCAAAGGACCACGCAAGCAUCGCAGCUGCACAGACUUGUGCUGCCUAUUAGUAUUCGUUGCUUUUCUAGUCUCCUGGGGAGCCUUAGGUUUUUAUGCUUUCAAGCAUGGCGAUAUUACCCCAUUGAUUUUGCCAUCAGACACAGCAGGCCGUGUUUGCGGGGUGGAUCCAGAAGUUGUGAGCCGAAGAAAACUGUUCUUCUUUGAUUUAUCACAAUGUGCCAAACCAAAUGUUGUGUUCAAAGGAUGUAAGACACCUCAGGUUUGUGUAGAACAAUGCCCAAAAGAAAAUUGGGCUGCGGAUCCAUACAUCAAUCAGCUCAAGCCUGCAAACUGGCCGACAAUCCAGAAGCAGCUAAUAUGCACAAAGCCAGAGAUUGCCAACUCGGUCAACAGCCUUAGCAAACUUAAGAGUGUAAUCGAUGAAAACUUAUGUGCCAGAUAUUACAUCAAAAGUCAUUCCAUUGCCAAACGAUGCAUUCCUACCCUUAAAGAUAUUAAAAGUGCAAAUGAUUUCCUUAAGGAAAACAGAGUUAAUUGGACGGAUUUAACCGAUGGAGCACAAGCCAUUCAAUACUAUGAAAAAGCAAGAAUCACUGCUGAAAAAGUUUUUGAUGACUUGAAAAUAUCUGGAGCAUACAUCAUUUAUGGAGCCCUAGCUGCUUUAGUCAUCAGUGUAUUUUACAUUAUAUUACUAAGAUGGCUCUCUGGAAUCAUGAUUUGGUUAUCGCUUCUAUCAUUCAUCGUUAUCCUCUCUUUCAGUGUUUUCCUGUGCUAUGGAAAAUAUGUCGAGAUUAAAAAUAGCCCCAAGUCGGAAUUCAGGCUUCCUCCAUCUAUUAUUAAUCGUUCGAUUGAAGAUUACAUUGAAGCAUUUAACAACAAUGAAGACAUUUGGUUCUGGGCUAUGAUUGUCAUUGGAAUUGCUCUGGUCAUUACCUUCUCCCUAAUCAUUUGUCUGCGGAAGCGUAUCAGAAUAGCCAUCGCUCUAAUCAAGGAGGGAAGCAAAGCCAUUGGAUCCUCUCUUACAUCACUGAUAUUCCCUCUGUUCCCAUGGAUUUUGGAUAUCCUAGUCAUUUCUUGGGCUGCAGUUGUAUUUUUCUAUUUGUAUUCACUUGGAAAAUCUAUAUACAAAGUAGAAGGCCUCUCAAACAGCUCCGAUUGUGUUUGCACAAAUUCAUACAAGGAUGGAGAUUUGUGCACCUUGAACGAAUGGAAACUCAACUGUCACAACAAGUUUUCUCCAUCUACUCCAUGUUUGGAUGCCAAGUGCGCGUAUUCUCCACGUGAGUCGGAUAGAUAUAUCGACUAUCUGCAUCUUUACAAUUUAUUCGGACUUUUGUGGGGCAUGGCAUUUGUCUCCGGAUUUUCGCAAAUGGUCUUGGCUGGAGUUUUUGCCACUUGGUAUUGGACGCUACACAAACGGGAUGUUCCAUAUUUUGUUAUUUGUGGCUCAUUGGCCAGGACAAUCCGGUAUCACCUUGGGACAAUUGCUUUUGGCUCUCUGCUCAUAGCAAUUUGUGGCUACAUAAGAAUUAUGAUUGAGUAUAUCCAGAAAACGUGCAAAAAGUAUCAAGACAGUUCCAUCGCCAAAGCAGUCAUCUGGUGUUUCCGCUGCUUUUUCACGUUCUUGGAUGCUGUUCUACGCUUUAUCAGUCGAAAUGCGUAUAUCAUGUGUGCAAUCCACGGCAGUAACUUCACUCGUUCAGCAAAGGAUGCCUUUGGUCUUCUUAGUAGGAAUGCAAUCAGAGUUGUUGUUUUGGAUCAGGUUACAUCUCUGCUUUUCUUCAUCGGAAAAGUUGUCAUCACAGGAAUAAUGGUUGGCAUCAUGUACUACUUCCUUAUGAUCCGUCCAAAUGAUGUCAUGACUUCAUUGAAUUACCCUGGAGUCCCGAUCAUUUUCGUUGCCAUCUUCUCGUUCCUUAUUGCCUCCAUGUUUUUCAAGGUCUACACGAUGGCUAUCGAAACUUUGUUCCUAUGUUUUUGUGAAGAUUCUGAAAGAAAUGAUGGAACAGCAAACCGUCCGUAUUACAUGUCAAAGUCACUCAGGAAAAUUCUGCAUCGGCAUAAUGAACCUAGUGUAGCAUGAUUGCUCCAAUGCAUUCCUUUCACUAUUUGUUAAUUAUCAUACUUUUAAAUCACAUUUUUUCUGCUAAGUAGUUAUUUUUGUUAAUGUUUUCUCCUCUAAUUAAGCAUGUGGUUCCUCCGUAUCAGUUCUCCCUCUCCUUCUUAGUUGACUCUUAGAAGCAUUUCGACUAUGAAACUGCAAAAACACAUAUUUGGGUUUAAUGCAUUACAGACCACCCGUCAUACUUGACUUUCUUAGUAAGAAAUCAAACGUCAUUUUUUUAAAAGUUGGGUGAAGAUACGUAUUUUUGCAGUUUCAUCAUCGAUCCGUUACCUAUGAUGAAAACAAGUGGCUGUCUUUUAAAGUUAAAUAUUCAUAUUGUAAAUAUUAUAGAUUCAUCUCAUGUGUUUAAGUAAUUUCUCUCUUUAAAACUAUUGAAUGUACCUUUUUUAAAAAAAAAUCAACCAUUCAUUUUAAAUUUUAUGACACGAGUUUUUGCUGAAUUUUCUUGAUGAAAAUAUACUAAGAGUCAAAACUUUUUCAGUGGUCCCCUCAGUAGAAUUUCUGUCAGAGCGCUCAAUAGAACCCUUUUUAUGAUUAGAUUUUGAAUGUCAGGGAAAGAUUUCCUCUCAUCACAACAAGAUACCAAACUUUCAAUAGUUUCUUCCUUUAAUUUCGUUCCUCUGAAUCAUUAUUUUCCUCGUAUUCUCUUUCUUCUCUCUAAUUUUAGUCAGGAACACUUUAAAUCCCUCUUAUUUUUCCCUAUUCAAAGUGAAAAUAUUGCCCUAUAAAAAAUUUAGGAUACCAUUUAAGUUUACGGAACAUUUUAUUAUCAUUAGAUUUUUAUUCAGAAAUAGCAAUUAUUAUAAUUGUAUGAGCUGUUAUCAUGAAGUGCCUUAUUUAAUGUGUACCACUUUGUAACAAAUUUGAAGCUAUAAUCCACAUUAUUCUCCAUCUUAUGUGGACAAGUGUGCUUUUUUAAAAUAUUUGUCUGUCAAAUAAUUAUGCAAGACUGAUAACCCUUUAUUAUUAUCCUUGUCGAUUUUAUUGAGAUGUUAAUUUUCUACUUUUACUAAGUUGUUGAUUCAUUUUUGCCUAUCAACUUUUUCAAUCCUUGCAUUAUUUUAAAUCUGAAAUUUCGCUCUUCUUCAGCCAAGGUGUUUUAUGGAAGUGAGGAGUCCUUAUUUUUCCCUGAAUUAUACUGCCAAGCACUGAAAUGCAAGUAUCUGUCAGAUAAGAUUGUCUUUAAAAAUUUGUCAAAGUUUAGGGAGAGCCAGUAAUAUGGAAGGAGUGCAGUAUUUUUUAUAAAUUAUUGUAUCCUCCCUAAAAAGAAGAAGAAAAAAUUUAUAAGUGUCAUUUUCUUCUUUCCAAGAAAAAUAUAUUUUAAUUCAUCCAUAUUGAUUUAGUGCAAGUAUUAUUUUUGUGAUAUUUUACUUCCAUUUUGUCUGACAAACAGGCUCCCCUCGUUUUAUCAUCACUUGUUAUGUUUAUUGGUUUUAACUUUGCAGAAACGUUAAAUUGAAGUUGACUUUUUAAUAUUUUAUGCCUAGGAUGAGAUUGAAAUACAGUGAUUCAAAUGUAGGUCUCAAAAGACUUUAGCUGGAUGUUCUUGGCAUGGCCAAACUAGCAUGUAAUAAAUCGCUUUAACAUAUGUAUCGGUGCAAUAUGUAAGCCAAAAACUUGACAGAUUUCAACUUCUUAGCCCAAAAAGUUAUGGCAUUCUUUGCGUAGGAAACCAAAGAAUCAUUUUCAACUAGAAAAAAGCUUGCAACUUUUUUUAAAGCUAAAUCUUGUUUCCAUCAUUGUAUAAUUUGCAAUUUCUUCUGUUUGAUCAUAUUCUUUCGGCUGAUGCGUAGCAACUAUUGUCCUUUUUUUUCGAUGAAAAUUCAAUAUUUGCCAAAAUAUUUGCUUCUUCAAUGCAAUAUAGUGCUAGCCAGUUUGACCAUGACAAGACCUCGGUAUGAAUCACCUUAAAGUUGGAUGCUUAUAUUACCCACAAAGUAUCUUGCCUGUCUUGUGAAUAUUGUUUUUUUCAUAUUUGAGGUAGAAAGUUGCUAAUUUUUUAAAAUUUAAUAGUCAUAUGUUGAAACAUCAGAAUCUUAAGAAUAUAAACUUCAGGAAUUAAAAAAAAAUGAAAUGAGAAAAUUAUUUAUAUUUUGGGCCCAACUUCAGCACGCAGUUAAAAAAGCCCAACUUGCUUGUCUCUCUGCUUCAAUUCAAUGGCAACAUUGAGAUAAAUCAAUUCUUCUCAAAUUUAACCACCUACUGAGCAUUUUUAUUUUUUGUCAUAGGAAAUUUCUGAUACAUAACAUGGUCAGUUCUUGGAGCUUACCAAAUUUUGAUUGUUUUGUGCUUAACAAGCUACCUACAUUGUUUCAUUGUAACUUUAACUGUAACUGUUGCAGCAUUUACCCUCUCCUUUUUGUAUCAUAUCAUUAAAUUUCAUAAAUUUUUUUUAUAUUUGUAUCA